CAUCUCCGACCAGCUUGACAAGUCGACUCAGCAGCCCAUCACCAUGCAGCUCUCCAAGAUUCUCGGCAUUUUCUCGCUUGCCGCCGCGGCGUCUGCCACCACAGUGAGCUACGAUACGGGCUACGACGAUGCUGGUCGUCCGCUCACCAGCGUCGCUUGCUCGGACGGCGUCAACGGUCUGAUCUGGAAGUACGGCUGGCAAACCCAGGGUCAGGUCAAGGGGUUCCCGUUCAUUGGCGGUGUCGAGGCUGUCGAGGGCUGGAACUCGGCAAACUGCGGAACCUGCUGGUCUGUCACGUGGAACGGCAAGACUAUCAAUAUUCUGGCCGUUGACCACGCCGCGUCCGGCCUCAACAUCGGCCUCACAGCCAUGAACGAGUUGACAAACGGCCAUGCUGUUGAGCUGGGCCGUGUCGAGGCUGAUGUGAAGCAGGUCGAUCUCAGUGCUUGCGGGCUGUGAUGGACGGUAGCUGAGGGUAUGCUGAAGGUGUGCUGUAUAUCUUGGAUGGUUGCAUUAGAGCCUGCUUGGGUUGGGGCGGGGGGUGACUUGCAAUGGCGGCUAUCGUAAUUUUUCGGGGAAUAGGGGCGUACGCGCUUUAGAACCUCCUCGAGCAGUAAUGAUAUCACGACGGUUUUCUGUC